AGACAGACAGACAGACACACACACCUACCUGUCUGUUGCUGGCAAUGGCUUGAAAGUGGCACAUGCGAAAAAGAAAAAGACGAAGAAGAAAGAAGCGAAAGCGUCCGGAAAAGACACACAAGCACACCACACACAAGACAAGGGAGAUGCGUGGGUUGGUGCUGGCGAGGUUGAGGCUGGCAGGGCCAGUUGUGGGGACUGGGCGAGGGGCGCAGCAGCGCCAAGUGCAGUGGUUGCUGCGACAAGGCCGGCAAGUGCACGUUUGCGCGGCUGCGCUACGCGACAUCGACGUGUCGGCGUUUGCAGAGUGGAUCGGCAAGACAAAGGCCGUGUCGGCAUCUGCCACCGUCAACCCACAGCACAAGUCCGCACGUCACCCCAGUCUAAGGAGAGGCGACCCAAAGGCAGGAAGCGCACCAACCGUUACACAACAGCAACAAGGACAGCAGCAGCGCUCACCGGCGGCGCAGCCUUUGGCGCCAGCAUCUACGACACGCGGGCUCUUUGGACCUGCGGAGCUUGGAGUGGUCGGCAACAAGCCUGUGGUCACCGCGUCGACCUCCGAUCAAAGCAUCAGCAAGCGCAAGCAGUUUCGCAGCAUCUACGUGCCUCCAAGCAUCCUUAAUGCCCUUGACGCACUCGAGAUUGGCUGGAGGCGUGGACGGAGACGGCCAGCGCUGGUGAAGCAGGACGACUGGCAGCAUGUUCGCGAGGAAACACCUGUGUGGCGUCGCAAGCUUGCCUUCCUCGGUGCUGCCAAGCUCCCCCAGUCGUUCAUACCAGCCCAUGACGGCGUUAAGGAAGUGUGCUUCAUCGGCCGGUCAAAUGUGGGCAAGUCGUCCGUGAUUAACGCCCUGGGCCGCUCAAAUCCAGCCCGCACAGAGGACAAGCCAGGCGUCACCAAGACAGUCAACUUCUACGCGCUGGAGAAGUCGAGUGUGAAUGUGGUUGAUCUCCCAGGCUACGGGUUUGCAUUCGCAAAGACGGACAAUCAAAACGAGUGGCAGCAGACAGUGGAGGACUAUCUAUCGCAGCGGGCGAAUCUGCGCCGAAUUUUCGUGCUUCUUGACGCGCGUCACGGUCUCAAGCGCAUCGAUAUCGACUUUCUCCACCGCCUGCAGGCGACGACAGCUGUUCCGUUCCAGCUCGUCUUGACAAAGUGCGACCUCGUCCCCAUGGAUGACAUUGGGCGCCGCCUCAUCCUCCUCCAACAGACCCUCGUGGAGCUUCCUGGCGCCAUCAAGGACGUCAUAACUGUGUCUGCGACAAGCGGUGCGGGCAUGCGCGUGCUGCGGCGUGAAGUCAUGGCAGCCACCAGCCUCAGGAGUGGACGAGUAACGGGUGCCAAGACUGCUUCAAGCACCAAAGACAGCAGCAGCAGCAGAGGCAGUGGCGGUGACAACCACCGGCGACAGGACGCAGCACAUGCCGGCAAGCCCAUGGGUUCUCCAACCAUCACGUCAGCGACAGCAAUGCGAACCGAGGGUGAGGCAUUCACCACGUACUUCCGGAGCGGCAAUGGCGGCGGCGGCGGCGGCGGCAAGCGGGCGAAGCAGCCGCGCUCACCCUCAGGACUACUGCAGCAGGCACAGCAGGCGGCACGCAGGGCACAAGGCAAGCGAGGAGCAUCAAGGCCCGGCCGCAGAUAGCCAGCGUGCAACAGCGUGGAGAGAUUGUGUGUGUGCGUGUGCGUGUGUGCGUGUGCGUGUGUGCGUGUGCGUGGAUGUGCGUGUGUGCGUGUGUGUGUGCGUGUGGAUGUGCGUGUGUGGCGAGGUGUGAACGAAAGCACGGCAUAACAAUGCAACAACAAGUCCUGCAAGCAAGAAUGAACAACACAAGCAGCAAA